AUGACUUUAUCAAUAAUUCUCAGUAGUAUCUUCAUAGCAUUAAUAUCUUUAAGUUGUCUUAUUUCUUUCUUGAUUCUUGUACGAAUAUUUAUUCAUAUUCAUCCAUCGAUAUCAAAUAUAUCAGUUUUGUUAUCAUGCAAUACUUAUUUUACUAUAAUUUUAUUUUGUUUUACAUUACUUUAUGCAGGUAUACAUAAUCUUUAUGGUCAUAUAAAUUCACCUAUUUCAUUAGCUGGUCGAUGGUGUGAAAUUCGUGCAUAUUUGCCAUAUGUUUGUUUUUGUGCUUUUUAUUAUUCAUUUGUUCUUCAAGCAAUUUUUCGCUUUUUUCGAGUAGUAUAUUAUAAAAAGAAAAUCUUACAAAAAUUUUAUGUGUUUAUUAUUGCUAUUUUUAUUCAAUGGAUUUUAUCAUUUCUUUUUAUUUUUCCACAUAUAUUAUUAAAUGAUUUUCAAUAUCAAUCUCUUAAUUAUAAUUGUUGGAUUUCAUUUAGAAACAUUCGAGGAAUAUUAUUAGUAACAUUAAGUAUAUAUGUAUGUCCACUUUCAAUUAUAUUCAUAAUAUAUACUUAUAUUCUUCGAUAUGUUCGUCGAACAAUUACCAGUCAACGAGAACGACAAAAAUCUUAUAAACGAGAUACAAUUAUUUUAAGACGUAUUGUCAUUCUUCUAUUAUUUUUAGUUAUGUUUGGUGUUUCAACAUUAUCUGUUUUAGUUAUCUAUUCAAUAACUAAUUAUUUAAUACCAUUUGCUUAUGAAAUACAAGUAGUAAGUAUAUCAAUUGGACUUGUUGUUACACCAAUUACAUUAAUAUUUAUCACACCUAAAAUACGACAUAUAUUUGAACGAAAUGAACAAGUUAAAUGUUCUUCAAUGACACGAAGAAACAUUCAACAUACAACAACAGAUUCAAGUCGACAACAGACACAGUUAAUCUCAAUAUAA